AUGGCCCAGUUCAGUAAAGAAGAGUUUUCAUUCGUUAAAGAAUUGCCCGAGCAUGUGGAGAUAGAGUGUCCAGUUUGUCGUGGUAUCUUGACAGAUCCUCAUCUGGUGAGCUGCUGUGGACAUAAUUUCUGUAGGAGCUGCAUUGAGAGAGUAAAAGCUAGUAAUGGAUUCUGUCCUAUGUGUAAAGAGAAGGAAUAUCAAGCAAUACCUGACAAGAAGUGUUCACGUAUUAUCAAUGGAUUGGAGGUCUACUGCAGUAAUAAGGAGAAAGGAUGUGAAUGGAAAGGAGAAUUGAAGAAUAUGUCUACUCAUCUUAAUAAAGAGAAGAGAGAAGGAGAAUGCCAAUAUGAAAAAGUAAAGUGUCGAUAUGAGAAAUGUCAAGAGAGAAAGCAACGUAGAUAUUUUAAGGAUCAUGAAUAUAGAGAAUGUCCUCAUCGUCUAGUUCUAUGCCCAUACUGCAGGAGUAAAGGUACGUUCCUCUCUAUUACAAAGGAUCAUUAUGAGGAAUGCAGGCAGUAUCCUGUUACUUGUCCCAAUAAAUGUUCAUCUACUAAUAUGCCACGAGGUAGUCUCACUGCUCAUAUCAAUGAGUGUCCAUUAGAGCCAGUAGAUUGUGUGUUUAGUUGGGCUGGUUGUAAUGAUAAGCCAUUACGUAAAGAUGUACAUGUACACACUGCUGAUACUAAUGAUUCCUAUCCAUUAUUACCAGUUGAUGUUGUAGGUAAAGUAGUUCAUUUUUAUACGAAUGCAUGUGGUUACCACAUGUCAGCUAGACUGAUGAGAAGUUUUGAUGAAGAUUACUUUGUAUUACUUGCAUUUCAUGAAGGAAAGUUUGAUAAAUUCAAACCAAAUUUUCCUAAAAUAUUUGCAAGCUAUCUGAAUAAAAAUAUUCCAUUAAUAGACAACACUGCAGCUACUUAUCAACAAUUACCUCACAAUAUUCUUAAUGGCAUCCAGUGGAGGCUAGAUACUGUUGUACCUGAAGGAGUAAUUAAGCAAUAUUUAGUUGGAUAUUUAUAUGUAGGUAAAUAUGAUUUUUUUUCUGGUAGUGAUAUAGUUACAAUUUAUGCUCAGUAA